CCCCCUCACAAGCACGGCACAAAAACGUUCGGUGAAUGGGUGACCAACAAGACAGGGAGAUUCCUCCCUUCUAACGGCACCAAGCCUAACUUAUACUCUUCUGCUUUCUAGUUUAUUAAUAGAGGCAGUAGUUUUUAACUUAGUUUGUGUAGUUCCUACGUUAGAUAUAACACUAUAAAGAUGCAGUGCUAGGCGGCGUGUUGUUGUGGUUGUAGUGCUAGUGAGUGUAGGCCUACCCAUCCCCUAGCGAUCUGCCACAUGAUGGUGACUGUACAGCACGCUGGAAGUAUCACCUCGUAUUGGCAACCUAACCAUCUACUGCCUUAUCACCCAGCCGGGUGUGGGCAAUUGGUGCAGUGUUCAUGGCAUCCCACCUCAGCUCUUUUGCCCCCAAGCAAUCCUCCUAUUUUUCACCUCCCAUUGGUCGAGUCCCCCGUAUCUCUCUCCCCUACCCCAGUGGCGUCUACAGUAGAACCAGAACAGCCUAUAGGAUAUGGAUCUUUUGGAGUGGUCUGGUCAGUGUUAAACCCACACUCUGGAGAGAGGACUGCCAUGAAGAAAAUUCCAACUGUUUUUCAUUCCCUCUUGUCUUGCAUUCGAACUUUCAGAGAGAUCAAGAUAAUGUGUGAGAUAAAACAUGAAAAUUUGUUGUCAGCAACCGACAUGAUUCAACCUCCCACCAUGGAUCAAUUCAAUGAUAUCUAUGUGUUGAGCCAAUUGAUGGAAUCUGACCUGCACCAGAUCAUAGUAUCUCCUCAGAAGCUCACGGAAGAUCACAUAAAAGUGUUUAUCUAUCAGAUCAUAAGAGGGCUCCAGUACUUGCAUUCCGCUGGCAUAAUUCAUAGGGAUAUGAAACCUGGUAAUCUUCUGGUCAACAGCAACUGUUUUCUUAAGAUCUGUGACUUUGGAUUUGCUCGAGCUAUAGAGCCUAACCCGAACACUCCGAUGACUCUGGAGGUCGUGACUCAAUAUUAUCGUGCCCCUGAGUUACUGGCUGGAUGCAAGCAUUACGAUACUGCCAUUGAUAUCUGGUCUGUUGGCUGCAUCUUUGCUGAGCUUCUGGGGAGGAAGAUACUGUUUGAAGCCACCUCUCAAAGCAAACAACUUGAUAUGAUCACUGACCUGCUUGGAACGCCUUCCCUCGAUGAUGUGAAGCACAUCACCUCUCGUAAGAGCAUCAGGAACCUAUUGUCUCGUCAUAAGCCACCAGCCUCGCAACAACUCUAUGCCCUGUCACCCAACGGUACCAUCAGUCACGAGGCCGUUCAUCUCUUGUCUCAGCUGCUGAUUUUUAACCCUGAGAAACGUAUCUCGUGUGUAGAUGCCCUGUACCACCCAUUCCUGGAUGAUGGUCGCAUUCGUUACCAUACAUUCUUGUGCACCUGUUGUACUACUGGGCCUGUUGGAGGAAGACAAUUUGCACAAGUCCUGGAACCUAGUGCUCCAGACCUCUUCGACUUCUCGUACGAAAAAGAUCUUGUCUCCAUUCCCAAGGCUAAAGCUCUACUACACCGCUACAUCUGCCAAACCCACUCCCACCUUCCUCCUUUAUUUAUCAACACCUGUUCAAAGCAGUACAAGCAAUUUCAAAGCUGUGCUCCAGGCGUUCCUCAAACUGGAUAAAUUCUCUUGUUCGAACAGUAUUUCAAGCUGUUUAUCUGUCUGUCGUAUCACUGCUAAUGUGUGAUAUUAUCAGAUCUUAGGGUCAAUUGUAUCGUAUUCACAACCUGUGUUUAGUGUCUUGCUUCGUGUGAUUAGUCAAGUCCCCACCACUAUAUUUAGUUUGUGAUUCGGUGUUCUAUUUAUUUGCUCAUCUGGGCAAACAUGUACAGUUUGUUUUUGAUGCACGAACAUUUGUGAUUCUUUCGUUAGCUGCUGCUGUUCCUUGUCAAAAUGUUUACCAACCUCAUUUGUGCACCCUGACUCGGUAUGUGAUUCAUACUAAGCACUCAUGUGUUUUGUAGUUACUGUAGCGUGAUAGUUACUGUAGCGUGAUAGUUACUGUAGCAUGAGACUAAAAGAACAAUAAUGAACAUAUAGUACAUUUGUAGUUUAUUUUCAUUCAUACAUUUUGGUGUGUUCAUCAUAGUGUUAUGUUUGAUGAAGAACAUGUGAACAUA